UAUAAGCGGACGUCAAACGUAUCCGCGUCAGAAUUGAAUCAGUCGUUAAGAGUGCCAUAGCGAGCUUCAGUGAAAUAUCCAAAGCAAUUUUAGAGGCGAUUUUUCAGAAAGUUUUCAUAUAUCAGUGCUAAUUUUUUGAAGAAGUAGUCAAGAUGCCUGAAGACACCCAAAAUGGAGAAGUCGAAACCUUCGCCUUCCAGGCAGAAAUUGCACAGUUGAUGAGUUUGAUUAUCAAUACCUUCUACUCGAAUAAAGAAAUCUUCCUCCGUGAAUUGAUUUCCAACUCAUCAGAUGCAUUGGAUAAAAUCCGCUACCAGUCGCUGACGAACCCCUCAUGUCUGGACAGCGGCAAAGAUCUCCACAUCAAAAUCGUCCCCAACAAAGCAGAAGGAACCCUCACGCUCAUUGACACAGGUAUUGGCAUGACCAAAGCUGACCUUGUAAACAACUUGGGUACGAUCGCCAAGUCUGGAACGAAAGCCUUCAUGGAAGCCCUGCAAGCAGGAGCAGACAUCAGCAUGAUUGGUCAGUUUGGUGUGGGUUUCUACUCUGCUUAUUUGGUCGCUGAUAAAGUCACGGUGGUGUCCAAAAACAAUGACGAUGAACAGUAUAUCUGGGAAUCCUCGGCUGGUGGAAGCUUCACUAUCAGGCAGGAUCAUGGGGAACCCCUAGGGCGUGGUACAAAAAUUGUUCUGCAGAUCAAGGAGGACCAGACUGAAUUUUUGGAGGAGAACAAGAUCAAGGAGAUCGUGAAGAAGCAUUCACAGUUCAUCGGCUAUCCUAUCAAGCUUCUCGUUGAGAAAGAACGUGAGAAAGAGCUCAGCGAUGAUGAAGCUGAAGACGAGAAGAAGGAGGGCGAGGAGGAAGACAAGGAUAAGCCCAAGAUCGAAGAUGUUGGAGAGGACGAGGAUGAGGACAAGAAAGAAGAACCAAAGAAGAAAAAGAAGACCAUAAAAGAGAAAUAUACUGAAGAUGAGGAGUUGAACAAGACCAAACCCAUCUGGACUCGUAACGCUGACGAUAUCAGCCAGGAGGAGUACGGAGAGUUCUACAAAUCUCUCACCAAUGACUGGGAAGACCACUUAGCUGUCAAGCACUUCAGCGUUGAAGGUCAGUUGGAGUUCCGUGCACUGCUUUUCGUGCCCAGACGUGUGCCAUUCGAUCUGUUUGAGAACAAGAAGAGGAAGAACAACAUCAAACUCUAUGUGCGUCGUGUCUUCAUCAUGGACAACUGCGAGGACUUGAUCCCCGAGUACUUGAACUUCAUCAAGGGUGUAGUCGACUCUGAAGACUUGCCCCUGAACAUAUCCAGAGAGAUGCUGCAGCAGAACAAGAUCCUGAAGGUGAUCCGCAAGAAUCUCGUCAAGAAAUGCUUGGAACUGUUUGAGGAGCUCUCCGAAGACAAGGACGGCUACAAGAAGUUCUACGAGCAGUUCUCGAAGAACCUCAAGCUGGGAAUCCAUGAGGACUCUCAGAACAAGGCAAAGCUUGCUGAUCUGCUGCGUUUCCAUACUUCUGCAAGCGGGGACGAGGCUUGCUCACUCAAGGACUACGUCAGCCGCAUGAAGGAGGGCCAGAAACACAUCUACAUUAUCACUGGCGAGAGCAAAGACCAAGUGGCUCACUCAGCUUUUGUUGAGCGUGUCAAGAAGCGUGGAUUUGAGGUUGUCUACAUGACUGAGCCUAUUGAUGAAUACGUUGUGCAGCAGCUGAAGGAGUACGAUGGCAAGACUCUGGUUUCUGUAACCAAAGAAGGCCUGGAGCUGCCUGAAGAUGAGGAUGAGAAAAAGAAGCACGAAGAGGACAAGACUAAGUUCGAGAGCCUGUGCAAAGUGAUGAAGAGCAUCCUAGACAGUAAAGUGGAGAAGGUAGUCGUCUCUAACCGUCUGGUUGAGUCUCCAUGCUGCAUUGUGACUUCACAGUACGGCUGGACUGCCAACAUGGAGCGUAUCAUGAAAGCUCAAGCCCUGCGUGACACCUCCACUAUGGGAUACAUGGCAGCCAAGAAGCAUUUGGAGAUCAACCCCGAUCAUUCCAUCAUUGAAAACUUACGCCAGAAGACUGAGGUUGACAAGAAUGACAAGGCCGUGAAGGAUUUGGUUAUCCUUCUAUUUGAGACUGCUCUGCUAAGUUCCGGAUUUACCCUGGAUGAGCCCCAAGUUCAUGCUUCUAGAAUCUACAGAAUGAUCAAGCUCGGUUUGGGAAUUGAUGAGGAAGAGUCAAUGCUCACCGAAGAAACUCCUGCUGGAGAUGCUCCCAGCGCUGAUGCUGGUGAUUCUGAGGAUGCUUCUCGAAUGGAAGAAGUUGAUUAGAGCAGUUUUUUUUCGAGAGCAUGUGUUUUAAUAUGUUCUAGAAAAGAGUUCAUUCCUUAUUUUUGUACAUGAUUUUUUGUACUGUAUUUAUUUUGUAAGUUUGUUUAACUUGUUCUUGUAAUCCUUAUAAGACUGUUUCGAAAACCAAAUGUCAUUAACAGCGGCUGUACUGAUUUCUUUUCUCAAUAAAUGGUUAUUUGAAUUGUG